GCAGAGAGACGUCUAAUGAGGUCUCAAUUGUGUGGGCGGGACUUCUGGCGGCGCCCUCAUGGUUACGUUAGCAUGGCUGCCUAGGCAUCUGUUCACUGAUUUAGGCGGUCCCAGAGCUCUGGGUCGGGACUGAGGUGACAGAGCGGAAAAACGCGAGAAGCGGUGUUCCUUCUACACAGAGGCUAGAGUGCGGAUCGGCUGAGUCGGCUGCAGGCGCCCCUGCCUCCGUCAGCGUCCAGGUGACCGCCGUUCCCGCCCCGCUCUUCCCUGGCUGGACGGGAGGAGGCCGCGCCGAUGAACCUGACCGAGGUGCGUGCAGCGUCCCAGGCCGCCCCGCCCAACCCCUCCUCCCAGUGCUGAAGUCCCAAGGAGCGGCCCUGCAGGCCGAAAGAAUGAGGGUCGUGAUCAACUCAGUAUACCACUGGAGGCUAUAUGAGUAAACAGCAAACUGUUUCUCUUGAAAGCAGGAUGUUGGCAAACUGACAAACUGCGUCUGCCACCCAGAAGGAAUGCUGAAGGCAGUCACGACCCAGGCACAAGUGUUUCUUGUGAUUAGGCAUAAUUGAAGCCUGUUAACAAUAAUGUGAACUUGCGAUCAAUUAAGCAGCUGACCAGUCGUUACCUCCUCCUCCCUUUCAUCCUACCCAAUAAAUGAGGAGGGCUGUGGAAGCUCAGGGGCUGCCUUUGCUCACUGGAAGCAGGGAGCUCUCUUCUUCCCCGGUUUGCCUUCUUUAAAACAGUUUCUUUUGUCUUAAGUUUUCAUUUCUACGUUCGUCCCCCUUCGUUCAGUCUCGUAAUGAUGGUCUCAAGUAGUAACAGUAGUAACUGUCGCAGUGACGGUCUCAAGUAGUAACUGUACAAGUCUGCCACAUCUUCCCACGGGGUCCAUUGCAGGGCAGCAAUGCUUAAGGACCCUGCACAGGUAAGUCAAGGGUUUCUCAGGCUCUCUCCCCCAGGCCCCCACCACUUACCUUUCCGAUAUUUUAGGCAUGCUCAUAUAGGGAAAGGUGGUGUCCUGAAACUUCAUGUUUUUCCCUUCCUUGGGUCUGAAGACUGUGGUUCCACCACAACCAGGAGUCAGAACUCAGCCUCUGGUUAUAGAGUGGUCCUAGUUCCGACAACUGAUGGGAUAAGAUGUGGCAGGGCGUUCAGGCACAGGAUAUAGAAAGUUCAAAUGCUUACUGCUGUGACUUAGCUGGGAUGUUUAGUGAACUGAAAAUUCAUGUUGUAUCUGGUCAUGAUAGACUAUGGCAGCAGGGUAGGAGGUUGGGGCAUACAGGGCAUGCGGGAUCAGCAUGGAAUGACAGUCUAAGGUUCUGGGCCUUUCAUCUGAGGGCGAUGGUAACUAAGGAAGGUUUGAGCAGGGGGGAAAAAGAGGUGACCUGACCCAGGUUUUGGUGGCUCCCUCUGCCUGCAGAAUGGAAGACCAUGUGCGGGUUAGGGUGGAGCCACGGAUACCUGGGUGAUUGGUCCAGCAACAGCCCAGGUGGAGGUUGUUGGUGACUGAACAAGAGUGGCGGUGGUGGAAGUGGGAGGAGUGGGGGGCUUCUGUAUGUGUUUGAUCUAGAGCUGCCUGUAUUUUAUAACGUAGAGAGCAAGGAAGCUUGGGAGCUGAGAUGGAAGAGGGGGUCAGGAAUGGCUCCACAGUUUUGGCCUUGUUUGGAAAGAUGGAUGUUCCAGCAACUAAGAUGUAGUAAGUUCUGUAGUAGGGGAGUGUUUAUGUAGUAGAGCAUAUGAGGAACCAAGUUUUGGCCAAGUCAAAAAUGUUCCAGUGGCCAGGCAUGGUGGAUCACACCUGUAAUCCCAGCACUUUGGGAGGCAGAGGUGGGAAGAUCGCUUGAGGCCAGCCUGGGCAACAUAGGGAGACCCUGUCCUUACAAAUAAUAAUAAAUAGCUGGGUGUGGUGGCGUCUCUCUGUGGUCUCAGCUAAUCGGCGUGCUGAGGCAGGAGGGUCACCUGAGCCUGGGAAGUAAAGGCUGCAGUGAGCCAUGAUUGUGCCCCUGCACUCCAGCCUGGGCAACAGAGUAAGACAAAAACAAAAAUCCAAGCCAAAACAAAAACAAAAAUACACAAAAAAUGUUUCAGAAACUUUGAGUGGAGGUGCCAGGCUGGCAGUUGUACACACAGGAAUGGAGUUCAUUGGAAGUGUUCAGGAAGGAGACAUCCACUACAUGAUAGCUGAACUGUUGUGAAACUGGGUCAGACUUAGGAAGCAAUGGUGUUAGUAGGAAGGAAGGAGAAGGAACAGACUGAGGACUGGGUGUCUCCACUGGGCACCUGGAUGGUGUUGGUGAGUGUCACAGAGACAGAUGAGAGAGUGGAUCGACUGAGGGUAUGUGUGCGUAUGUUUGUGUGUUAUGUUGGGGGCGGCCUGUGGAGUAUAAGGAAGGGCUUUUGAGGGGAGAGUGGCCAUGAGAUGGAUGGUGAGGCAUCUCCACAAACUCACCAGGGUUUCGUGGUGAGUCUUGCUUGGACCUGGGUAGUUUCAUGCAAACUGUGAGACUACUUAAGGGGAAGAUGGGAUCAGCAAGGAGCAUUGCUAGGCCUGGGGUGGGGAUAGCUUUGGGGAGGUCAGUGUAUCUGGGCUUUGGAUUAGAAUUAGGGGGAUAGAGAAUGUUGUGACUGCUUAUGGGACAGCAUGUACAAUGCAAAAGGGGGAGACAGCCAAGAUCUGGAACUCAGAGAAGGUAUGCAAGAACUGUGAGGUUGUCACUUGGGUUUUGUGGGGGCUGAGGAUAAACCAGGAAACAGGACUGGGAAGGGAGACCUUCAGAACAGGGCUCGGUGCUGCCCCAGGCGCUAGGGAACAUUAUAUUCUGGGCAGCCCAGGAGCAAAUAGGGUUCUGGUGCACUGCAGGACUCCAUGUACAGAGUGGCAUCUUGGGAGGCCAUGGAAAUGCUCCUGAUUGGGCCAGGGCUGCUGUUAGUAUUGCAAGAGUGGAGGAGUUAGAUACAUGAGAGAGGUACUGUCCAAAGCGAGACGCGAAGGUGAGGAGGAGCAUGAAUGCAUGGGCCCAGCUCUGGCAAUGGGCACAUAAGGGAGAAGAGUGAGCCUGAGUUUGGGUGUCUGGGAGGCAAGAUCUGGAGACCCCAAGGAAACGGGGUGAUAAAAGAAGGUAGGGCCGGCCAGGCGCAGUGGCUCAUGUCUGUAAUCCCAGCACUUUGGGAGACUAAGGCGGGUGGAUCACAAGGUCAGGAGUUCGAGACCAGCCUGCCCAACAUGGGGAAACCCCGUCUCUACUAAAAAUACAAAAAUUAGCCGGGAGUGGUGGCAGGUGCCUGUAAUCCCAGCCACUCAGGAGGCUGAGGCAGGAGAAUUGCUUGAACCUGGGAGGCAGAGGUUGCAGUGAGCCACUGCACUCCAGCCUGGGCGACAGAGCAAGACUCCAUCUCAAAAAAAAAAAAAAAAAAAAAAAAGAAGGUAGGGCGCCCUGGGCUAGGCAUUGAUGAUGCUUUUCCUUUCUCCCCACCCAUCUUUGUGCUGUGCUGGACUCAGCAAUCAGUAGCAGUGGGGGCAAGAGAAGUGCAGAUGCUACCGGGAUGUGGAGUCUCUUCCUCCUUGGGAAGUAGGUGGAGGCUAAACAGGGGAUGGAUGUGUGUGGGUACUGGGGAAGCACUGAAGAUUCUGGAGAGGGAAGUGUAUCAGUGAUUGACCCGCUGGAUUUUCAUUUUUGGAAAAGAGUGAUGACAGAGAGGCUAAUGGCAUUGAAAUAAUUUUUAUUACUUUCAUUUCCUUAGUGCAGGGGGAAUGCUGUGCUGCACAAGGCCACAGGAAAUACUAGAUUUGGUCAGGAGGCAGAGGCAUGACUGAAGGGAAAGCAUACAUCAGAGACUGUAUUGGGGUUUUGGCAGGAAAGGCAUGCAGGGUGGGAUGAGGAGCUUAAAACUUGGUUUGCAUAAGUCUGGCAGCCUUAGGGCUUAGAGAUUAUCCCUUAUUGUGUGGUGACAGGGCCUGUGUUGAUUAGGACAGGAGAAAUAAUCAUGUAUGAGCAUUAGAUAGUGGUUCAGCAUAUGGGAUCUGGAUUGCAAGGGAAAUGUAAAAACAUUGGCUGUUAGUUUGGCCCUCCAAUUCUUAGAUUUUAAGUAGAUAAAUACAGAUCUAAGGAAACACAGAAUAAGAAGUUGUUCAUAGACUGAAGUGUCAUAAUUUUGGCAGGAUUGUAUGGUCUUUGAGGAUGUGGCCAUAUAUUUCUCCCAAGAGGAAUGGGGGAUCCUUAAUGAUGCUCAGAGAUACCUGCACAGCAAUGUGAUGCUGGAGAACUUGGCGCUUUUGUCAUCAGUAGGUUGUUGGCAUGGAGCCAAGGAUGAGGAGGUACUUUCCAAGCAGUGUGUUUCUGUAAGAGUGUUACAGGUCACAACUCCAAAGCCAGCUUUGUCCACCCUGAAGGCCCAGCCCUGCAAGAUAUGUAGCUCACUUCUGAAGGACAUUCUGCACCUGGCUGAGCACAAUGGAACACACCCUGAGCAAGAACUGUACACAUGUGCAGCAGAGCAUGCCCUGCACCAAAAGGAGCAGAUUAGAGAGAAGCUCACCAGAAGUGAUGAGUGGAGGCCUUCAUUUGUGAACCACAGUGCUCAUGUGGGAGAGAGGAACUUCACAUGUACACAGGGUGGCAAGGAUUUUACUGCCAGCUCAGACCUUCUCCAGCAACAGGUCUUAAACAGUGGGUGGAAGCUAUACAGGGAUACCCAGGAUGGGGAAGCCUUUCAAGGUGAACAGAAUGAUUUCAACUCCAGCCAAGGUGGGAAAGACUUUUGCCACCAACAUAGGCUGUUUGAGCACCAAAAAAACCAUAAUGGGGAGAGGCCUUAUGAGUUCAGUGAAUGUGGGGAAUUGUUUAGGUACAACUCCAACCUUAUUAAAUAUCAGCAAAAUCGUGCUGGAGAAAGGCCUUAUGAGGGCACUGAAUAUGGAAAGACCUUUAUUAGAAAGUCCAACCUAGUUCAGCACCAGAAAAUUCACAGUGAAGGCUUUCUUUCAAAAAGGUCUGACCCCAUUGAACAUCAGGAGAUUCGCAGUUAUGAAUGUACCCAGUGUGGGAAGGCCUUCCUUACACAGGCUCAUCUGGUUGGUCACCAGAAAACCCAUACUGGAGAACAGCCCUAUGAAUGCAACAAGUGUGGGAAAUUUUUUAUGUAUAACUCCAAACUCAUCAGACAUCAGAAAGUUCACACUGGGGAGAGGCGUUACGAGUGUAGUGAAUGUGGGAAAUUGUUUAUGGACAGCUUCACACUCGGUAGACAUCAGAGAGUUCAUACUGGAGAAAGGCCUUUUGAAUGCAGCAUAUGUGGAAAAUUCUUUAGUCACCGCUCCACACUCAAUAUGCACCAGAGAGUUCAUACUGGCAAAAGGUCUUAUAAGUGUAGCAAAUGUGGGAAAGCCUUUAGCCUCAAACAUAAUGUUGUUCAGCAUCUGAAAAUUCACACUGGAGAACGGCCUUAUGAGUGCAUUGAAUGUGAGAAGGCCUUUGUUAGAAAGUCCCACCUAGUUCAGCACCAGAAAAUCCACACUGAUGCAUUUUCAAAAAGGUCUGACCUCAUUCAACACAAGAGGAUUGACAUCAGGCCAAGGCCGUAUGCAUGUAGUGAAUGUGGGAAGGCCUUCCUUACACAGGCUCAUCUGGUUGGUCACCAGAAAAUCCAUACUGGAGAACGGCCUUAUGAAUGCACUCAAUGUGCGAAGGCCUUUGUUAGAAAGUCCCACCUAGUUCAGCACCAGAAAAUCCACACUGAUGCAUUUUCAAAAAGGUCUGACCUCAUUCAACACGAGAGGAUUGACCUCAGGCCAAGGCGUUAUGUGUGUAGUGAAUGUGGGAAGGCCUUCCUUACACAGGCUCAUCUAGAUGUUCACCAGAAAAUCCAUACUGGAGAACGGCCUUAUGAAUGCAAUGAAUGUGGGAAAUUCUUUUUGGACAGCUACAAACUUGUUAUUCAUCAGAGAAUUCACACUGGAGAAAAGCCUUAUAAAUGCAGCAAAUGUGGGAAAUUCUUUAGAUAUCGCUGUACACUGAGUAGACAUCAGAAAGUUCACACUGGAGAAAGACCUUAUGAGUGUAGUGAAUGUGGGAAAUUUUUUAGAGAUAGCUACAAACUCAUUAUUCAUCAGAGAGUUCAUACUGGAGAAAAGCCUUAUGAAUGCAGCAACUGUGGGAAGUUUCUUAGAUACCGCUCUACAUUGAUUAAACAUCAUAAAGUUUGCACUGGGGAGAAGCCUCGUGAGUGCAGUAAAUGUAGGGAAUUGUUUAGGACUAAAUCGAGCCUUAUUAUACAUCAGCAGUCUCACACUGGAGAAAGUCCUUUUAAGUUAAGGGAAUGUGGGAAAGACUUCAAAUGUAAUACUGGUCAGCACCAAAAAACUCACACUGGAGAAAGGUCUUAUGAGUGUGGUGAAUGCAGCAAAGUGUUUAAAUACAACUCCAGCCUCAUUAAACAUCAGAGAAUUCACACUGGAAAAAGGCCUUAGUGGAGUGAAUGUAGGAAAGUCACCACAACUGUCACCUCAUUCAGCACCAAAAAUUCACAUCAGAGAAAGAACCUAUUAAUAUAUGUAAUUCUAAUGUUGAAAGAGUUCAGACGGAAAUCUGCAAGGAUUUCCUGCUGGGAACUACAUUAAAAACAUUUAUGUCCAGGCGUGGUAGCUCACACCUGUAAUCCCAGUACUUUGGGGAGGCAGAGGUGGGUGGAUCACCUGAGGUCAGGAGUUUGAGACCAGCCUGGCCAACAUGGUGAAGCCCCAUCUCUACUAAAAAUACAAAAAUUAGCUGGGCAUGGUGGCGGGUGCCUGUAAUCCCAGCUACUCAGGAGGCUGAGGCAGGGAGAAUCACUUGAACCUGGGAGGCGGAGGUUGCAGUGAGCUGAGAUUGUUCCAUUGCACUCCAGCCUGGGUGACACGGCGAGACUCUGUCUCAAAAAGAAAAAGAUUAUAAUUGUGGCAAAUUACAGGUAACUUAAAAUCUACCAUCUUAACCCAUAUUUAACCGUACUGUUCAGUAGUGUUAAGUCAUUUGCAUUGUUGUCAAUUAAUAUCCAGAAGUUUUUUCAACUUAAUGAAACUAAAACAUUAUACCCUUUAAACCAGGGGUCCACAACCCCCAGGCUGCAAACUGGUACCAGUCUGUGGCCUGUCAGGAACUGGGCCAGCAUCACUACCCGAGCUUCACCUCCUGCCAGAUCAGCAGCAUUAGAUUCUCAUAGCAGCCUGAGCCCUAUUGUGAACUGUGCCUGUGAGGGAUCUAGGUUGUGUGCUCCUUAUGAGAAUCUAACUAAUACCUGAUGAUCUGAGGUGGAACAGUUUUAUUCUGAAACUAUCCACCCCCUCCUCCAUCCCUGAUGUGUGGAAAAAUUGGCUUCCAUGAAACCAGUCCCUGGUGCCAAAGAGGUUGGGGACCGCUGCUUUAAAUUACUCCUCUUCCUCAUUCCCUACUCCAACCAGCCCCUGACAACUACUACUGUAUGAAUUUUACUAUAAAUAUCUCAUAUGAGGAAACUUAAGUUUUAGUCUUUUGUGACUUAUUUUGAGGCUUAUUUCCCUUAAUGUCUUCAAGGUUUAUCCAUGUUGUAGCAUAGCUUAUGAUUUUCAUCUUUUUUAAACGCCGAAUAAAAUCCCAUUGUAGUCAUGUGUCGCCUAA